CGCCUCAUUCUUACCUCCCGUCUCUACUUAAAGAUCAAAACUGCUUAAUAAUUUAGGGGCUAUUUUAGUAUAGAAGUGUUUAGUGUAAUUUAGCCCAAGUUUUUUUCUUAUCUUCCCUUAGGCGACCGUUGAAGUCGUUAAAAUACCGUUGAAUCCCCAUGUGGUGAACUUUUCCCGCUGCAGGCUUCUUCUCAUGCCUAACCAUGUCCUUCUUCAUAUUGCUAUUAUCUCAAGCACCCAAAUCAUACACCAUCUCAGUUCCAUCAAGAUCUCUAAUUGGUUUAGCAAGAUUCUUCAGAGUAGCUAGCCCCACUUGCUAUUCUAUUCUAUCUGAGCACUUAAAGAGCCGACGAAUUGAUGAAGCUAAAGAGCUUUUCGAAAGAAUCCCAUCUCCAAAUAUCUAUUUAUGCACCAAAAUGAUAGCUGGGUAUGCCGAGAAUCUAAGGUUGAGUGAGGCACUGAAGCUGUUUGAUAAAAUGCCUGUAAAAGAUACGGUUAUGUGGAACUUGAUGAUUAAAGGGUGUGUAGAUUGUGGGGAUAUGGAGAUGGGUUUGAAAUUUUUUGAGGAAAUGACACAAAGAAAUGUCAUUUCUUACACGACGAUGAUAAACGGGUUUUUGAAGUUUGGAAAGGUUGAAGAGGCUGAGAGCUUGUUUAGAGAGAUGCCAAAAAGGGAUAUGGCUGCAUGGAAUGCUAUGAUUUAUGGGUAUUUUGAGAAUGGAAGAGUGGAGGACGCUGUCAAAUUGUUUGAGCUGAUGACCUAUAAGAAUGUGAUUUCUUGGACGUCAGUUAUUAGUGGGCUCGAUCAGCAUGGGAGGAGUGAUGAGGCUCUAUUGAUUUUUAAGAAGAUGCUAGAUUUUGGUGUUGAGCCCACUUCUAGUACCUUUGCUUCUGUUGUCACAGCUUGUGCUAGUGCAAGGGAUUUAGGUCUAGGUAGUGAAAUUCAUGCCUGUGUUGUAAAGGUUGGUUAUCUGUAUGAUACUUAUGUCACUGCUUCACUGAUAACAUUAUAUGCUAAUUGCAUGCACGUGGAUGAUUCUUCUAAGGUAUUCAGUGAGAGAUUGCACAUUAACGUUGUUGUAUGGACAUCUCUUUUGACAGGGUAUGGCUUGAAUUGUAAGCACAAAGAAGCAUUGAAAGUGUUCGGGGAUAUGAUUAGAAUUGGUCUACUUCCCAAUCAGUCUUCCUUCACUAGUGCCCUAAAUUCCUCCUGUGAAAUGGAGUCUAUUGAUCUUGGCAGAGAGAUUCAUGGUGUAGCAGUCAAACUCGGAUUGAACACUGAUGCCUUUGUUGGUAAUUCGUUAGUUGUAUUGUAUUCAAAAUGUGGAAAUGUAAACGAUGGACUCAUUGUAUUCAAGGAGAUUCCUAAAAAGAACAUUGUUUCAUGGAACUCGAUCAUUGUUGGAUGUGCACAACAUGGAUGUGGAAAUUGGGCACUCACAUUGUUUGCCCAGAUGAUACGUUCAAAGGUUGAUAUGGAUGAUAUAACAUUUACUGGGUUACUUGCUGCUUGUAGCCAUUCUGGCAUGCUAGAGAAAGGAAGACGCUUAUUUCAGUAUAUCUCCCAAAUUUCACCUGUCGAGGUGACACUUGAGCAUUAUAGUUGUAUGGUAGAUAUCCUUUGCAGAAGUGGGAAGUUAAAAGAGGCAGAGAAUUUGGUGAAAAGUAUGCCCAUGGGACCAAAUUUAUCAAUAUGGCUAGCUUUGCUUAGUGGUUGCAAGAAGCAUUCAAACUUAGAACUAGCCGAAAGAGCUGCAGAUAAUAUUUUUCACCUUGACCCAAAUUGUAGCGCUGCUUAUGUUUUAUUAUCUAACAUUUAUGCUUUUUCUGGUAGAUGGAGUGAUGUUGCCAGAAUUAGAGGAAACAUGAAAAGAGGAGGAAAUAUAAAACAACCAGGAUGCAGUUGGGUUAAUCAAAAGGGAAUGAGGCAUACAUUUCUUUCUGGUGAUACUUCACAUCCUUUAAGUAAUAAGAUAUAUGAAAAGCUGGAAUGGUUGACGGAAAAGUUGAAAGAAUAUGGUUAUAUCCCUGAUCAAAGAUGUGCACUGCAUGACGUAGAGGAUGAACAGAAGGAAGUUCUACUCUCGUAUCAUAGUGAGAGACUUGCUAUUUGCUUUGCAUUAAUUACGACUGUACAUGGUAGUACUAUAACAGUAAUGAAGAACCUGCGUGUCUGUGGGGACUGCCAUUCUGCCAUCAAGCUCAUAGCAAAAAUUGUUGAACGUGAAAUCAUUGUAAGAGAUUCUAGCCGCUUUCAUCACUUCAGGGACGGUUUCUGUUCUUGUUCAGAUUACUGGUAGCAUUAUCCUUUUGAUUAUCAUUGUGGGAAGGUUAGUGGAGCCUUGUAAUCUGUUCACCAGAAGCAGCAAUACAUUUAGAUUUAAGGGAACUGCAAGAGUUUUGAUGGCCCUCACCAAAGUAAAGAUCAAAAUUAGCAUGCACGAUAGGUAACAUUCUUUCGGGUAACGUUACCAAUAUAGAGAUCAGACAUUAGCAUGCACUGCUUCAAAUGUCUAGAUGCUGAAUUGGGAGCCAUGUCUUAAAACUGUCCUAUGAUUGACCGGUUGUACCUAAAGUCAAGCCAGCUGCUGCACACAAUUAAAGCGUGAGGUACCUGGUGCCCUAUCAUGCCAAGCUUGAGGUACCUGGUGCCCUAUUUGCCUAGUAGGAUGUCAUCGACAAAUUUUCCAACAGCGAUCAGGAAAUACUUUAUGUACGCUCGUGAGAGGUUUAAUUUCAAGUUUUGGAGAAGAUAGCUGUUCGUUUCCUGCCUCAGCAGGAAACAAGGGCCUUGGAACUGUUAUUUGCUUAGGAUUGAAACAAGGGCCUUGAGCCAUCAGCAUUGCAUAGCUGAUGUUGUCUUCGUGAUCUUUCAUGUUGCUACUGCUGAAGCUUGAAACGCUCCUGGUUUCCCAUCAAUCUCAGGUAUUUAUUUAUCCAUGAGCGCAUUCCAUAUUGAAUGUCCAGUGAACAAUGAAUCCCUUUCAUCCGGCGACCCAAGAAAAGGGCAAUAAGAGCCCGAACAACAACACAAUAAGGUUAUAUGUUUGACCAAGUGUAAUUGUGUAAAUAAUUCUUAAAAAUAUUUCACAAUCAGCUUCAAAAGAGGUCGAUUUCA